AUGGCUGCGCUCGAGGUGCACGAGGCUGAGAAGGGCCAGCCUAAGAAGCGGCUGGGUGUGUUUGGUCUCAUCAAGGAGAUUUUCAAUUGGUACCCUGGGGAGUAUCCCAAGGAAGAGAAGAAGCUUCUUUUCAAGCUGGAUGUGUCGAUUUUGGUGUUUGCUUGUCUUUGCUUCUUCGUCAAAUACUUAGACCAAACCAACAUCAGCAACGCCUACGUCAGCGGCCUCAAGGAAGAAUUCGACCUCUAUGGCAACCAACUCAACUACCUCAACAUCUGCUACUUCACCGCCUACGUCGUCUUCCAAAUCCCCGGCAUGCUGCUCAUCUCCCGGCCCAAACUCGCGCGCUGGCUCCUCCCGACCCUCGAGAUCCUCUGGGGGGUCGUGACGUUCGCCCAGAGCCGCGCGACGAAUAUCAACCAGCUGUAUGCGAUGAGGUUUCUGGUGGGCAUGUUGGAGGCGCCGGUGUUUGCCGCGACGCAUUUUAUUCUUGGGUCGUGGUAUAGUGGGCCGGAGUUGUUCAAGCGGGCGGGGACAUGGUUUAUAUGUAACCCGUUGGGGAGUAUGGUGUCUGGCUACCUGCAAGCGGCUGCUUACAAGAAUCUUUCUGGUGUUGGGGGUAUGCCUGGCUGGCGGUGGCUGUUCAUCAUCGACGGGAUCUUCACCAUUCCAGUUGCUCUGAUCGGCUUUAUCAUCUUCCCUGGUGUACCCGACUCCCCGCGGCCUUUCUUCCUCAGCGAAGGAGACAUCGCCCUAGCAAGAGAGCGUCUGGCCAGAUACAAGAUCCGCCGACCUGGCCCACUCAACCUGGACGUGUUCAAAAGAAGUUUGAAGAGAUGGCACAUCUGGAUCUUCGUCUUCUGCUACAUCUGCAUGAUCAUCUCCAACUACCCCUCCCAAUACAUGAACCUCUGGCUCAAAGCAGAGGGCUACUCAGUCGUGCAGGUCAACCAGCUGCCCACUGUCGUCAACGCGGUCACGAUCGUGGCGUCUUGGCUGGGAUCCUCGCUUGCGGCGAUUUGGCCUUCGUGGACGUUGUAUACGUUCGCGUCGCUGUGUUGUUUGUUUUCGACGCUUUGUAUGAUUAUUUGGACGAUUCCGACGGGUUUGAAGUUCUUCGCAUGGUACCUUUUCGGCGUCUCAGGCUGCCUCAGCCCGAUUCUGUACUCGACUGUCAACACCAUCGUCAAGGAUGAUUCCGAAGAGCGAGCUUUGAUCAUGGGCGCAAUGAUGACCUUCGGCUACAGCUUCAACAUCUGGGUGCCCUUACUCGCCUUCCCAACAGCCGGCUACGACGGAGCACCAAGAUGGCGAAGAGGCUACCCCAUGACAUUCGUGUUUUAUUUCUUCCUUUGGGCUGGAUUCAUCACGGCUAUUGUGCUUUAUAGACGGAGGUGA